CUCGGUUCUAAGUAAUCUCCCUCAACUACUACUCCUAAUGACGUUCCAACGAUACUGGACUUAUCAUUCACUCUCUUCUUAAAUAUGGGGUUUUCUCCCACUCUCCGAUUGAACCCAGAGGACUCCUUUUAAAUUCUUAUUGAUCCUUUCUGGGUUCUUGAGAUUUUUGGAUAGGAUGAAGAUAUGGAUGUGGAUUUUUGCUGCUUUUGUCCUUGGGUUUGCUUGGAGUAUUGCUGCUGAGCAGGGUCUUCGUACAGAGAGAAUUUCAGGAAGUGCUGGUGAUGUCUUGGAAGAUGAUCCAGUGGGAAGGCUGAAAGUUUAUGUCUAUGAGCUUCCAAGCAAGUACAAUAAGAAAAUCCUUCAGAAGGACCCUAGAUGUCUCACACAUAUGUUUGCUGCUGAGAUCUACAUGCACAGAUUCCUCUUAUCAAGCCCUGUCCGAACCCUCAAUCCAGAGGAAGCAGAUUGGUUCUACACCCCAAUAUAUGAAACCUGCGACCUAACCCCCAAUGGCUUGCCCUUGCCUUUCAAAUCUCCGCGGAUGAUGAGAAGUUCAAUACAACUUAUUUCUACAAACUGGCCUUAUUGGAAUAGAACAGAGGGAGCUGAUCAUUUCUUUGUUGUGCCACAUGACUUUGGAGCAUGCUUUCAUUAUCAGGAAGAGAAAGCUAUUGAGCGUGGCAUCCUUCCAUUGCUACAACGUGCUACCUUGGUACAAACUUUUGGGCAACAGAACCAUGUGUGCUUGAAAGAGGGUUCAAUUACAAUUCCUCCCUAUGCCCCCCCUCAGAAGAUGCAAGCCCAUCAGAUUCCACCAGACACUCCACGGUCUAUCUUUGUCUACUUCCGUGGGUUGUUUUAUGAUGUGAAUAAUGACCCAGAGGGUGGUUAUUAUGCAAGAGGUGCAAGGGCAGCUGUUUGGGAGAAUUUCAAGAGCAAUCCUCUCUUUGACAUCUCCACUGACCAUCCAACUACAUAUUAUGAAGACAUGCAACGAGCCAUAUUCUGUUUGUGCCCCCUGGGUUGGGCCCCUUGGAGUCCUAGGCUAGUUGAAGCGGUGGUAUUUGGCUGCAUCCCUGUCAUCAUAGCAGAUGAUAUAGUUUUACCCUUUGCUGAUGCCAUCCCAUGGGAGGAAAUUGGAGUUUUUGUCGCAGAAGAGGCUGUCCCUAACCUGGAUACAAUACUAACGUCUAUACCACCAGAAGUGAUUCUAAGGAAACAGAGGCUUCUUGCAAAUCCUUCAAUGAAACGCGCCAUGUUAUUCCCACAACCCGCUCAACCAGGGGAUGCUUUCCAUCAGAUACUAAAUGGGUUGGCUCGUAAGUUGCCACAUGACAAGAGUAUUUACCUGAAGCCCGGUGAAAAGAUUUUGAAUUGGACAGCAGGACCAGUAGGGGACUUGAAACCUUGGUGAUUCCAUUCUUUCCCUACAUCUAGCCCCUGGAGACGAAUCCACUUGAGUUGGGUAUUUUCCUAUACUGUGAAUUGUAAAAUUUUCUUCCAGUAUUGAAUUUUGUAAAGGUACUGAUGCUAUACGCACAUAUCUAGACCUAGGUAUAUUACAACUUUAAAUACUUCUUAAUCCUUGGCCCUGGACAGAAACAAUUGUUUCACUGCAAAUUUCUAUGCUAUUUCAUCUAAAUUUUGGCUAAAUUUGUGUUAUCUUCAAUUUUCAGAAUAAAACACAGUAUCGAUUAGAGGGGAACUGAGACUUGAAGUUGAUGAGUUUUGAUGAAACUUUACCCUAUAAUCCUAUGUCCAAUGCAUAAAGGUGCUUAUUACAU